AUGGGUUAUUUCAAGGCCUCUUGCGGUGCUCUUUUGGUCUGCUUCGUUGUUGUUCUUUGUUCUGUGUAUCAAUGUUCUGCUGCUGAAGUUGAUGCAAACCAGACAGCAAAAUUGAUCAUUAAUGCCUCCAGUGGUCGGCCUAUUCCUGAAACACUCUUUGGAAUUUUCUUUGAGGAGUUAAACCAUGCCGGAGCUGGUGGGAGAUGGGCAGAGCUUGUGAACAAUCGGGGUUUUGAAGCUGGGGGCCAAACAACUCCCUCAAAUAUUGCUCCUUGGUCUAUAAUUGGUGAUCAUUCAUCUUUAAUUGUAUCAACUGACCAUUCUUCUUGCUUUGAGCGGAAUAAGGUUGCACUCCGAAUGGAUAAUAUUGAACAAGGGAAGACCUAUAAAGUGGUUCUUUUUGUCCGUUCUCCUGGACCAAUCAAUGUAUCUGUAUCAUUGACGAGCUCAGAUGGGUUGCAGAUAUUGGCAGCUGCUAGCAUUGUAGAUUCUGAUGUUUCAAACUGGACAAAGACUGAGGUUCUAUUGGAAGCCAAAGGAACAAAUCCUGAUUCAAGGCUUCAGUUGACCACCUCCAGAAAAGGUGUAAUAUGGUUUGAUCAAGUGUCAGCUAUGCCUUUGGACACAUACAAGGGGCAUGGUUUCCGAAAUGAGCUCAUUGAAAUGCUUGCAGAUAUAAAACCCCAAUUUCUCAGAUUUCCAGUGGAAUCUGGGUAUCAUAUAUUGCAUGGGGAAGUCUAUGGAUCUGCAUUUUUAUCUCUGGCUACAAUUAUUUUACAAUUCCCAAUUCUUGCUUCAUUUAUUGAGGCUUUUGCUUCAAGGCUUUGUCUUUGCUGCUCACCCGAAAUUUUAUCUCACCGAUGGGAGAUUUUCUCCAAUCAUAUUGCAUUAGGUGGCAGCUUCGUUGAAGGUGAAUGGUUGAGAAAUGCAUUUCGCUGGAAGGAAAGCGUUGGACCUUGGGAGGAGAGACCCGGGCACUUUGGUGAUGUUUGGAUGUACUGGACUGAUAAUGGACUUGGUUACUUCGAGUUUCUUCAAGUAGAAGAUAUAAUUUACGGCUACUUAUUUCUGCAGCUAUCUGAAGAUCUUGGUGCACGACCAAUAUGGGUGUUCAACAAUGGAAUGAGCCAUCAGGAUCAAGUUGAUACUCACACCAUCUCACCUUUUGUACAAGUAUGGAGAUUCAAUGGAAAUAAGCUAUCUCGACUGGUAUGGAAGAAGGUUUGGCAUUCACCGGUGGUGCUGCUGCAGGCUCAUAUGCAUGUGAUGCCUGUGCAACUAUUUGUUGGGGUGGAUGGGUGCAGCUGUAGCGGCAGGGUAGAAUAUCGUGCUUGGGAGUACAACGAGGGAAAAGAAGCCCUUGAUGGUCUUGAGUUUGCUAGAGGUGAUUCUAAUUCUAAGUGGGGUUCUGUCAGAGCCGCUGUGGGGCACCCACAGCCUUUUGACUUGAAAUAUGUUGCGGUUGGAAAUGGGGAUUGUUGGAAGAAGGAUUACCGAGGAAAUUAUCUCAAGUUCUACAAUGCCAUAAAAAGUGCCUAUCCCGACAUCAAAAUAAUCUCAAACUGUGAUGGGUCUUCUUAUUCUUUGGAUCACCCAGCUGAUUACUAUGAUUUUCAUGCUUUUGUGAGCGAGUAUGCCGUGACUGGAAAAGAUGCUGGUACAGGAAGCCUUUUAGCAGCACUUGCUGAAGCUGGAUUCCUCAUUGGGCUGGAAAAGAACAGUGAUAUUGUGGAGAUGGCAAGCUGCGCACCACUUUUCGUGAAUGCCAAUGAUAGGAGAGAGUCGAGUGGAGCAACUCUUCUUGAUGCUAAACUACAAACAGAUUACUGUACACUUGUUGCAUCUGCAAUUACUUGGCAAAACUCAGGGGAUGGCGAAACUUACCUGAAAAUAAAGCGUAUCUUGCAAAGAUCAUGUCCUACCCACGAAUUAAUAUCUCGUGACCCAUUGAGUCAACUUUUACGGUCUUCACAACGCAAUGAGCUUACGCUGGAAAAUGUAUUUCAGAUAGUGAAUUUUGGGAACGAUAAGGUAAAUCUCAAAGUUACUAUUGAUGGAUUGGGACUCAAGUCACAACUGUCUGGAUCAACAAAAACUGUGCUCACUUCUUCAAAUGUAAUGGACGAGAAUUCCUUCACGGAUCCAAAGAAGGUUGUGCCAGCCCAAAGUCUGCUUGAGAAUGCCGAGAAAGACAUGAAUGUUAUACUCUCUCCAUAUUCUUUAACUUCACUUGAUUUAUCCAAUACCCAAUCCAUUGCCGUCUUUAAUGAAAAAUCAACCACUAAGAAACGCCGUGCUAUUAAGCAGGUGAUGCAUGGUCGUCCCAUGCUAACGAAACAAAAAGGGCGUGGCAAUAUUGGAUUGGUGAGUGAACGAGUGAGAAGAUGGGUUGUUGCAGGGCCUCUUGCGACAUCAAAAUUGAUCAUUAAUGCCUCCAGUGGUCGGCAUAUUCCUGAAACACUUUUUGGAAUUUUCUUUGAGGAGUUAAACCACGCCGGAGCUGGAGGGAUAUGGGCAGAGCUCGUAAACAAUCGGGGUUUUGAAGCUGGGGGCCAAACAACUCCCUCAAAUAUUGCUCCCUGGUCUAUAAUUGGUGAUCAGUCAUCUCUAAUUGUAUCCACUGACCGUUCUUCUUGCUUUGAGCGGAAUAAGGUUGCACUCCGAAUGGAUGUGCUCUGUGACAGCAAUGGCAGUAAUAUCUGCCCAGCUGGUGGAGUUGGUAUAUACAAUCCAGGGUUCUGGGGCAUGAAUAUUGAACAAGGGAAGACCUAUAAAGUGGUUCUUUUUGUUCGUUCUCCUGGACCAAUCAAUGUAUCUGUAUCAUUGACGAGCUCAGAUGGGUUGCAGAUAUUGGCAACGGCUAACAUUGUAGAUUCUGAUGUUUCAAACUGGACAAAGACUGAGGUUCUAUUGGAAGCCAAAGGAACAAAUCCUAAUUCAAGGCUUCAGUUGACAACAUCCAGAAAAGGUGUAAUAUGGUUUGAUCAAGUGUCAGCUAUGCCUUUGGACACAUACAAGGGGCAUGGUUUCCGAAAUGAGCUCAUUGAAAUGCUUGCAGAUAUAAAACCCCAAUUUCUCAGAUUUCCAGGUGGCUGCUUCGUUGAAGGUGAAUGGUUGAGAAAUGCAUUUCGCUGGAAGGAAAGCAUUGGACCAUGGGAGGAGAGACCUGGGCACUUUGGUGAUGUUUGGAUGUACUGGACUGAUGAUGGACUUGGUUACUUCGAGUUUCUUCAACUAUCUGAAGAUCUUGGUGCACGACCGAUAUGGGUGUUCAACAAUGGUACUUUCAUGCCCUUCAUUUCUGGGCAUUUCCUUGUUUAUCCUGAAGCCCUUGAUGGUCUUGAGUUUGCUAGAGGUGAUUCUGAUUCUAAGUGGGGUUCUGUCAGAGCCGCAAUGGGGCACCCAGAGCCUUUUGACUUGAAAUAUGUUGCUGUUGGGAAUGAGGAUUGUUGGAAGAAGAAUUACCGAGGAAAUUAUCUCAAGUUCUAUGAUGGCAUAAAAAGUGCCUAUCCGGACAUCAAAAUAAUCUCAAACUGUGAUGGGUCAUCUUAUUCUUUGGAUCACCCAGCUGAUUACUAUGAUUUUCAUAUUUAUGCAACUGCCAGCAACCUGUUCUCUAUGACUCGUCAGUUUGAUCGCACAACCCGCACUGGUCCAAAGGCUUUUGUGAGUGAGUAUGCUGUGAAUGGAGAAGAUGCUGGCACAGGAAGCCUUUUAGCAGCACUUGCUGAAGCUGGAUUCCUUAUUGGGCUGGAAAAGAACAGGCGAUGCUUGGGGAUCGGCAAAGUUUUGAUGCCUUUCCCCCUCUCUGUUUCUGUUGGAGAGGGGGAUGGACAAAUUUUUAAUGAAAACUUUGAUGUUGUAGAGAUGGCAAGCUAUGCCCCCCUUUUGGUGAAUGCCAAUGAUAGGAGUUGGAGUCCAGAUGCAAUUGUCUUCAACUCCUCAAUGCAAUACGGAACUCCUAGCUACUGGGCACAAAAAUUCUUCAGAGAGUCGAGCGGAGCAACUCUUCUUGAUGCUAAACUACAAACAAAUUACUCUAAACUUGUUGCAUCUGCAAUCACUUGGCAAAACUCGUUGGAUGGCGAAACUUACCUGAAAAUAAAGAUAGUGAAUUUCGGGAAUAGUAAAGUGAAUCUCAAAGUUUCUAUUGAUGGAUUGAGGCUCAACUCACAACUGUCUGGAUCAACAAAAACUGUGCUCACUUCUUCAAAUGUAAUGGACGAGAAUUCCUUCACGUAUCCAAACAAGGUGGUGCCAGCCCAAAGUCUGCUUGAGAAUCCUGCGAAAGACAUGAAUAAAAGUUGUGACGUUGGUAUACUACCGAUGGUGAAAGUUGGGCCUGGCAGUAAGGUUGAUCGUGGAUCUGUGCCUUUAGGGCCGCAUUAG